AUGCACGGCCAAGGCAAUCAAUCCGGAAGCAGAAGCACUUCUCCGAUGGAAGUCCACUUUGAUUCGCGCCAACUCGUUGUCCUCAUGGUCGAUGGCAAACUCUACAUGCUCUUGGUUCGCGUCACCUGUGAUGCUGCCGGGCAUGUUAUCAAGCUCCACCUUCCCAACUCAAGACUCCAUGGUCUGUUACCAGAUCCACUGCCAGAGAUGGUCCCAAGGUUGAGGUAUCUAAAUUUGUCGGCUAAUGGAUUCUCUGGCUCCAUACCUUGCUCAUUCUCAAGGCUCCGAAAGCUAGAGAUACUAUGUAUCAACGGAAAUAAUCUCACGGGUGGAAUCCCAGAGGAGCUGGGGAUGAUACCUGGAUUGCAAACUCUUCUACUGGGCAGCAACCCACUUGGUGGAUCGAUCCCAGCUUCACUCGGGCAGCUUCAGUUGCUACAGAAACUUGGCAUUAGAAACGCUAGUUUGUUUUCUACGCUUCCACCCGAGCUGGGGAACCUUACUAACCUCCGGGACAUGUACCUAUCACAUAACCAGUUAUUUGGAAGUUUGCCACCAUCUUUUGCCAGGAUGCAAGAAUUGAGACAGUUUGGAAUAAAUACAAACAGCAUCAGCGGUACCAUCCCACAAGAGAUGUUUACAAAUCAGACCAAGCUCCAGGUAUUUGAUGCAUCCAGUAACCAGUUGACUGGAAGACUCCCAUCACAAAUCAGCAAGUGCAUGGAAUUGCAAUACUUUGAUAUAGGGAACAACAGAUUCAGUGGUACCAUCCCACAAGAGAUGUUUACAAACUGGACCAAGCUUGAGGUAUUUGAUGCAUCCAGAAAUCGCCUUACUGGAGUUAUACCACCAGCUAUCAGCAAUGCAACAUCUUUGAAAUUGCUUGCCCUCAGGUCCAACCAUCUUGGGGGUGAGCUUCCUGCAAGUAUAUCCUGUCUGAUAAAUCUUGUUGUUCUGUUAUUGUCUGGCAACAAGCUUACAGAUGUAAUUCGUACUGUCAAUAGGCAGUCGCGGGCUUUCAAGGUGUCCAACAAUACAGAACAUAGCAGCUUUUUGGGAGAAUCACUGUCUUCCCUUUGCCAACUGCCACGUUUGCAGAUCUUGGAUCUAUCACAGAAUCAGUUCUUUGGAGAGCUUCCUGGUUGCUACUGGAAUUUGAAAGACUUGCAAUCCUUGAACUUGUCGGGCAAUGCUUUUUCUGGGGAAGUUCCAACCUCAACUUACUACAACUCUUCACUACGAUCACUGCACUUGUCAAAUAACAAUUUCACAGGCUGCUUUCCAGAAGUGUUGAAGAACUUCAAAAACCUUGUUGUUUUGGAUCUCGGGAACAAUAAUAUUUCUGGUGCAAUUCCUUUGUGGAUAAGGGACAACAACCCUAUGCUGAAGAUUCUUAAACUGCGAUCAAACAGGUUCUGUGGAAGUAUUCCUUGGCAGCUGUCGCAACUCUCCCAUCUCCAACUGCUUGAUCUAGCUGAAAAUAGUUUUGAAGGUUCCAUACCAGAAAGAUUUUUCAACUUUUCCAUGAUGACACAUACAUCUACGAUGCAGCCAGUUCUAACAAUCAACAUAAAAUCUACCGCCUUUGGAUAUUUUGAUGAGGGUGGCAUGGACAUUAUUUGGAAGGGGCAGGAGCAUACCUUUCAGGUAAGGCAUGCAUUUGUGACCGGCAUCGAUCUCUCUGGCAAUUCUCUCUCCGGUGAAAUCCCUUUAGAGUUAACAAAUCUUAGAGGCAUCCAGUUGCUAAAUAUGUCAAGAAAUUAUCUGUGUGGUGGUAUCCCCAAGGACAUUGGCAAUCUGAAGUCGUUAGAAUCCCUUGACCUUUCGUUGAACAAACUAUCCGGUCCUAUUCCUUCUAGCAUGUCAAACUUGAUAUUCCUCAACACUCUCAAUCUCUCCAACAACCUUCUAUCUGGAGAGAUACCUACAGGUAAUCAACUCCAGACGCUUGAUGACCCAUCUAUCUAUAGCAAUAAUCUGGGACUUUGUGGUCCCCCAUUGAGCAUAGCAUGUACUCCCUCCGUCCGCGAAUAA